AUGGCUACUGCUCAGCUCUCACACAACACCAGAACACUGAAGGCAUCUAAGAACACAAUUUUCCCAUCUCAAAUCACAAAUGAGCAUGAGUCACUAGUGAUGGUGAAGAAACUUUUUGCUACUUCUAUCUCAUGUAUAACAUAUUUGAGGGGCCUAUUUCCAGAGAGCUCUUACAGAGAUCGCCAUUUGGAUGACCUCAGUUUAAAAAUUCUCCGGGAAGACAAAAAGUGUCCUGGAUCAUUACAUAUUAUUAAAUGGAUUCAAGGUUGUUUUGAUGCUUUGGAAAAGAGAUACCUACACAUGGCAGUAUUAACACUUUACACAAAUCCCAAGGAACCUGAGAAAGUGACUGAAAUUUACCAAUUCAAAUUCAAAUACACAAAAAAGGGAACCACUAUGGACUUUGACAGCAGUAGUACAAGCUUUGAAAGUGGGACAAACAGUGAAGAUAUUAAGAAAGCCUGUUCCCUACUAAUCCGUCAAUUGUAUAUACUGAUGCAGAACCUUGGACCCCUUCCUAAUGAUGUUAUACUUACUAUGAAACUCCAUUAUUAUAACUCAGUGACCCCACAUGAUUACCAACCCCCUGGCUUUAAAGAAGGGGUGAAGUCACACUUCCUAGUGUUUGAAGGGGAGCCUGUGAGCCUUCGAAUGGGCUCAGUCUCCUCUGGCUUCCACAGUAUGAAAGUCAAAGUCACAACCGAGGCCACCAGAAUGCUUGAUGGGGAGAACAGUGUCGGUCAGGACGAUGGCACGACUGAGAUAGCCCAUCAGGGUCUAGACUAUGAUGAGGAAGAAGAGGCCUGCGGCAGUCAAGUUCAAAGAACAAAUUUUGUGCACAUUGAGCCAAGUUUUGAAAGCUCCAGGAAGAAGAGGAAGGUCAGCGAACCAGUGACAGUCUUCAUUCCUAACAGAAAAUGA